AUGAAUUCCCUCAAACCAGGCUUCUUUCGUUUUACAGUCAGCGAAUCGCCAGGCUCGCUGAUCCCAGCGCCAGACCAAUCAGCCGCCAGUGGAUCGCAUCUGCCAAAGCAGACCAAGGGUAACGUGGCCCCUGCCGCCGCCGUCGUCGUACCGCAUCAGCCAGCCAAACAACCACUUGUCCCGGAAAAAAAAUGGCGCGUCCACUUUGUGACUUUCGCGAGUCCACUUGAGCGGAUAGCUAUUAUGUACCGAUAA